GAGAUGUUUUCAUGUUCCUUCAACGGAACAAUGGAGCUUCAGCUCAAACGGCAGCCGGCUACGUGGAGAUGUCGCAGGGGGCAUCCCUCAUGGCUGAAGGCCCUCGUCUGUGUGGUGAUGACUAAAUGCUGACAUGCUAAAUGGCAAGGACCCCUGACCUCUGACCUCGUCAGUGUUUUAUUUUUAAGUUUGGGAUGAGGAUGACAUCACUAACAAUCAGCACGUCCUCAGUGAAGACGCUCACAAGGCCGAGCAACAUGUCUGCACUCACGCUCUUCAUCACCAUCAUCAUCAUCGUGGCGGCUGGCAGUGAGGCCGAGGUGACGUCAUUGCCAGACUACGAUUACGACUACAACGCUACCUUUGGCUACACCUUCUACAGUAACACAAGCAGCGAGGACUUGGAGAAAUUCCUGAAGAACACCAGCGACUUCCUGGACUCGCAGGAGGAUUGGCAAGAAGACCACGAGGAGGAAGCCAGCCUGACUACGGCAACUGAGCCAUACAAGACACCGGGGGGCGGGGUCGUCGUCUACAACGCCGCAUCCUUGUGUGUCUGUCAGGACGUGAUGCUGAUGUUUGCAGUGAUCGUGCAGCUGCACCGCUCGCUGUGAGAAGGGCAUCCAGGGGUCAGGGGUCAUGAGCUGCAGCCGCACUGUUUGCGUGUCCAGCAGGGGACGCUGUUGUCUCCUUGAUAAAUCAGAGAGCCAAAAAGCUCAUACAUGUAAAUAAAAGCAUGAAGAGUGAAAGAUAGCAUGAGAGUGUGUGUGUGUGUGUUGUCACACACACACACACACACACACACACACACACACACACACACACACACGUUUUUAGUGGUGUUUGUUACUAUUUUUUAAACCGGCCUGAAAAGAAGAAGACCCUCAAUGAUAUAUUUUCUUAAGAAUGAGACAUUAAAGACAAUGUGGACACUUUGACGCACUGUUUGUUUGUUAAUGAUGUGCGGGGGUCAGAGGCCAGCCUUUAAUUGUCUUGUGUUGACGCACACACACGCACACACACGCACACACCCUGCCAGUGCUGAUGCGUAGCGAGGGGCGGAGGGGGGGGUCUGUGUGCGUGUGUGUGUGGCCUCAGGCUGGUUGUUUAUUUGGACGUGUUGAUGAGAACGUUCUACAAGUGAACACGACGUCCGUGUAGACCAUCUGGUGGACGGGAGUGUCGUGGGCGGGGUCGAAGACGACAACUCAUGUUUUUUUCAAAUGUAUUUUGUUACUGAAUAAUUUGACCCAGUCUCAUUUUUCUUGUGGCGCUCAAACGCUGAGCCGAGGACACGCGGCGUCCUCCUUCCAGGUCAUGCAUAAUGUCCACGUGUGUGACGUCGUCCUCGACCUCCACAAAGUCUUCCUUCUUUCCGUCUCACCUUCACACCCGAUUGGUCAAAGCUAACUGUCGCUGCUGCACAAACACGAAGACGUUUAAAAAGUUGAAAAAGAAGUGUGAUUGGCUGCUGUGACACACACACACACACACACAGUGCUCGACCUGUGACCUGUGCAGCGUGUAAACACCUGUUGAAUAUUAAUGAGCAAUGAGCAUCAUCAUCCAUCAAGAGGUAGCCAUGUGACGUCUUGAAAACGUGACGA